AAUUUCAGAAUAUUUUAAUUUACCUGUUAUAAUUUGAAAUAAAAUGGCAUGGACAUAUUAUCAAAGAGCUCUUGCUAUGAUAAUGAUAAUUACUGGCUCAUUUAAUACCCUUUGUGUAAAAUAUGCUGAUCAACAAAUAGUACCUGGUCAGGAUGGUCAACUUAGACAUUUUAAUCAUCCAUACAUGCAAUCUUUGUUCAUGUUUAUCGGAGAAAUGAUAUGCUUACUAGUGUUCAAAAUAAUCUUCUGUUAUUAUACUCGAUUAAGGAAUGGUUAUGAGGAUAGAAGUAAUUUAACAAAAGGAUCUCGAACAUUUAACCCACUUGUACUAAUUAUUCCAGCAGCUUGUGAUGUGGUAGCCACUUCAAUAAAUUAUAUUGGCUUAAAUAUGACAUAUGCCAGUAGCUUUCAAAUGUUACGUGGAGCAGUAAUAGUUUUUACAGGAAUAUUGUCAGUAGGAUUUUUAAAUAAAAAAUUAAAUAGAAGAGAAUGGCUAGGAAUUACUUUUGUUAUUUUUGGGUUAUUAUUAGUUGGACUUAGUGAUUUUAUUACAAUGCAAAAUCAGAAAGUAAAUACAAAUUCUGUAUUAACUGGAGAUUUACUAAUCAUAUCAGCUCAAAUUAUAACAGCAGUGCAAAUGGUAGUGGAAGAAAAAUAUACGACUGGACAAGAUAUUCCAGCACUUCAAGUAGUUGGAUGGGAAGGUGUUUAUGGAUUCAUUGGAAUUUGCUUAAUUAUGAUUCCAUUGAAUUUUAUUUAUGUUAUACCACCUUUUGCUGAUAACUCAAGAGGUACACUUGAAGCUACAAUCGAUGCAUUCAUUCAAAUAGCUAAUUGUGAUCGUUUAUUAAUGGCUAUAAUUGGUAUAAUAUUCAGUAUUGCAUUCUUCAAUUUUGCUGGCAUUAGUGUUACAAAAGAGUUAAAUGCAACAACUAGGAUGAUCCUUGAUAGUAUCAGAACAAUAGUAAUUUGGAUUUUUUCCUUAACUUUACAAUGGCAAACUUUUCAUUAUUUACAGCUUAUCGGAUUUUUCAUCAUUUUUAUUGGAAUGUCCUGUUAUAAUAAUAUUGUAAUACCACAACUGAUAAAAAAAUGCCAAUGUCGCUUAAGACAUCUAAAUUUUUCAGUGGAUGAAGAACAAGUUAUUAAUACUGCAGCUGAUUAUUUAGAAGAAACACAUUAAUAAAAAUAAUUAAGUUAUCAAUAAUAAUUUAAAACAUAGCAGUGACAUUUUAUGUCUUUUAACAUCAUAUUUUUAUUUGGUUUCUAUUUAAAGAAGACAUAUUUUUCUACAUUUGAUAUAGU